UUUCCCCUUUAAAACAAAAUUUAAGAACUUGAAGGACAGAAAAACUACAAAAUAUUUAUAAUUAACUAAGUUGAUUGCUGACGAAAUUAAGUGGAGAAAAAAAAAGAAAAAAAUUUUUUAAGUUAAAAUCACAUUUUUUUCUUGCCCUUUCUUGUGUUCCUUUAAAUUAAAUUUUAAAUUUUGGACUCGACGAUUUUUUUAAUUAGCUAAAAAUAUUUAUCCACUCAUCAAAAUUACUAGCUCAGAAAAUAUUCCUUUUAUGUGGCAUUAUCAAUCCUAUAACAAGCCUAUCACAUGGGAAAACUACUACUCACAAAGGCAUGCUACAAUAACUUCAGGAAUUGCAGCAGCCACCACAAUUGUUAUUUUCUUUGUUAUUUUAUUGUUAACGUUUGGUUGUCGCUUCUUCAGCAAUAGAAGAAGGAGGAGAAGUGGAAGAAGUUCGGAGGGAAAUGGAAGUGUUGGAGGUGAGGGAAAUAAAUUUUUUAAAUAA